AUGGCAAGUCGAUCGCAAAUACGCAAACUCGCUCUAAAGUGCUCCCAUGUACCCGUAUGCCGGCGCAGGCAUAUCUUCAGUCUAUCGUCGUUCUCUCCAUUCCCCGACAAUGGUUCCAAGCCGCAGACGUAUCAUGAACGCAAGGUCUUGCCUUACACUCGGGAAGAGUUAUAUGACGUUGUCGCCGACGUGGCCUCGUAUCCUCGUUUUGUACCGUUCUGCACUGGCGCUCGUAUCAUGACACCACCAGCACCCAAGGGAGGGUCUCCAUCCGUGAAGCAGCUGGAAGCGGAAUUGACUGUCGGGUUUCUGUCUUUCAAGGAGAGCUACAUCAGCAAGGUGGUGUGCACGCCGUAUGAAUCUGUAGAGGCAACGGCCUCUUCGUCAAGCCCAUUGUUCAAGAGUCUGACGACUACGUGGAGGUUCCACGAGCUCCCGUCUCAGCUCGCGAACGCUCCUAGACGAGAUCCCCCGCUCUCUGGACCUCGGAAUCCGGACGUGGCACAGCUGAGCGGACCAGAGUCAACCCUAGCCAGCCGGAAACAUCCUGGGACGCUUGUUACUCUAGACCUUGCUUACGCGUUUGCGAAUCCUCUCCACGCAACCGUGUCGGUCACGUUCUUCGGGCAAGUCUCAAAACUCAUGGUAGACGCAUUCCAGAGACGAUGCAUGGAAGUAUAUGGGCAUUCAUAG